AGGAUGAUUGCUCACAGAAAGAAGAAGGCAAAGAAAAAGUCUCUUUCAGCAUCAGGCCAACUUUCUGCUGAUAAGUCCAUAAGUUCCAACUUAGCAUCAAGGAAGGACUACAUCAAGGAGGUGUUGAAUGAUAUCAGGGAGGUCACCCACAUGUUACAAUCUUUCAAGGACGCUGUUCUUUCUGAUUGCUUUAAAGAAGUCAUUGAUAUACGUCUGGAUGAACUUCUCGAUGUUUUAACAUCUGUAAUUAAUAAGCAUCAGAACCUCAAUUCUGUUGAUAUCCAACAUGCUGCAGAAAUGCUUGCUGCAAAAGUGAAAGCUGUGAAUUUUACAGAAGUUAAUGAAGACAACAAAAAUAAUCUACUCCAAGAAGUAUUUUCUUCUGUUGAAACUUUGACAUUUACCUUUGGGGAUAUCUUUGCAAACUUCCUUAUGGGACAUGUACACAGACUGCCUGUUUCUCUGGAAAAUAAGUCUUUUGAAAACACAUCUGUGGACUCAGUCAAGCCAUCCAAUGAACAAGGAAAUUUUUCUCCUAUAGAAUUAGACAACGUGCUAUUAAAAGACACUGACUGUAUUGAAUUGGCUUUCUCAUAUGCUAAAACAUGGUCAAAAUAUACAAAAAACAUAGUGUCAUGGAUUGAACAAAAGCUUAACUUGGAAUUGGAAUCCACCAGAAAUAUUAUAAAGUUGGUAGAAGCAACUACAACUAACAUUGGACUAGAGGAGUUUAUGCCACUACAGUCUGUGUUUACCAGUGUUCUUCUUAAUGAUGUAAAGAAAAGUCUCCUUUUAGAACAAAGAAUUGCAGCUCUCCAAGCCAAUGAAUUUGUACAGCCUCUACUGGGGAGGAAAAAUAAAAUAGAAAAGCAAAGGAAAGAAAUAAAGGAACUUUGGAAACAGGAACAAAAUAAAAUGCUCAAAACAGAAACUGCUCUCAAAAAGGCAAAAUUGUUAUGCAUGCAACGUCAAGAUGAAUAUGAAAAAGCAAAAUAUUCUGUGUUUUGUGCAGAGAAGGAGCAUCAGUGCUCAUGUGGUGGAUUAGCAAAAAAUCCCAACAAGCAACUAGAAAAAAAUCACAGGUUGGAAGCAGAAGCACUUCAAAAAGUAAAAGCAGCAAACGAACUCUACAAAGUUUGUGUAACAAAUGUUGAAAAAAGACAAAAUGAUCUAGAAAACACCAAAAGAGAAAUUUUAACACAACUCAGGACACUUGUUUUCCAGUGUGAUCUUAUACUUAAAGCUGUAACAGUUAAUCUGUUCCAGAUGCAGCACUUUCAGGCUGCCUCCCUUGCAAACAGUUUAGUCUUUCACUGUGAUAGCGCCAAACUUUAUGAUCCAGGCCAAGAGUACAGUGAAUUUGUGAAGGCUACAAAGUCAACUGAAGAAGAAAAAGUUGAUGGGAAUGUAAAUAAACCAUUAAAAAAUAGUUCCCAGAUGUCCAGAUGUGGCCCUUCUCACUCUUUAAAGGAUGUUGUGUGCCUUCCUGACAGUUGUAAUAAAAUUGAAGAGGACAUAUUGAGUUUCAAUCCAGACUUUAGUGGUUGCCUCACAUGCAUAAGAUCUUCUUUCAUAAGAUCAUGGACAUUUGGGAUGUUUAGUGAUUAUAGUACUGGAGGGAGCAGUGAAUCUGGAUCCUUGGAUUCAGAAUCUAUAAGUCCAGGAGACUUUCAUCAAAAACUUCCACAAACUCCAUUCAGUGGAACCAUGCCUUCUGCAGAUGAUUUAGAUGAAAGAGAGCCACCUUCCCCUUUAGAAGCUGAACCCAGUUCCCUUGGAGCAUUUAAGAAACCAUUGAUGUCAAAGGCAGCUGUUACUCACAAGUUCCGAAAAUUGAAAUCCCCCUCAAAAUGCAGAUAUUGUGAAGGCAUUGUAGUGUUCCAAGGUGUUAAAUGUAAGGAGUGUCUCCUUGUUUGUCAUCAUAAAUGUAUGGAAAACUUAGUUAUCUUUUGCGGUCACCGGAAACUUCUGGGGAAAACACACUUAUUUGGAGCAGAAUUUACACGAGUUACAAAAAAGGAGCCAGAUGGCAUUCCUUUUAUACUCAAAAUAUGUGCUUCAGAGAUUGAAAAGACAGCCUUGUGUUUACAGGGAAUUUAUCGUGUCAGUGGAAACAAAGCAAAAACUGCAAAACUGUGUCAAACUUUGGAGAAUGGAAUGCAUUUGGUAGACAUGUCAGAAUUUAAUUCACACGACAUCUGUGAAGCCUUAAAAUUAUACCUUCGACAGCUCCCAGAACCAUUGAUUUUAUUCCGAUGGUACAAGGAAUUUAUGGACCUUGCACAAGAGAUCCAACAUAUUAAUGAAGAGCAAGAUACCAAAAAUGAUAACCCUAAGGACAAAACAUACCCAAAUAUGUGUAUAGAAAUAAACCGAAUUCUUCUAAAAAGCAAGGUCCUUCUAAGACAAUUGCCAACAUCAAAUUUUAACAGUCUUCAUUACCUUAUCAUACAUCUUAAACGGGUAGUAGACCAUUCUGAAGAAAACCUGAUGAAUUCAAAAAACUUGGGGGUGGUAUUUGGACCAUGUCUCAUGAGGCCAAGACCUGCAACCGCUCCUGUUACUAUCUCCUCCUCCCUUGCUGCAUAUGCCAAUCAGGCCCUGUUGGUAGAGUUCCUCAUUACCAACUCACAGAUGAUCUUCAAUGAGUUCCUAGUGUCACAAAAUGUUACAUGUAGUACAGGUGUUAUUGCACCUCUGGUGGAUAAAAGCUGUCCUUCCAAACCCGUGAUAUCACCAGAACAUUCCACAAAGUCACAAUAUUUUUCUUCAAAGGAAGGUAUCCACACUGCAGAUAGUGAAAGUGAAAAUUUUGAAUCAGCUACAUCAUUUGAGAAAUCAGAAUGGAAGCAAAAUGCAUUGGAAAUAUGUGAUGCAUAUCUGAUUGAUAACAAAGAACUUGAAUCAUUAUCCCGAAAGAUGGAUGAUAUGUGUAAAACCACUGAACCACUUAGUUUGAAAUCUGAUGUGGCAACGAACGACAUACAGAGGCAUACACCAACCACCAAGAUUGGACAUGCAAUUUUGUCUGUAGAUAGGUUCCAUCUUGCAAGCUCUCCUAGUGAGGGAAACAGCAGAAAUGUGGGAAAUGUAAAUUCAGACAAGUUUUGCAAGAAUCUUGCUUUUAAAGGACUUAAUAGCAAAGAUACCCCUCCUACUGUUUGUUCCAAAUUUUAUGGCUUUGAUCAGCAGUUUCUACAAAAAACUCAGGGACAACAAUGUGAACAAAAGAACUUAACUGGCACGAGUGCAGUGAUUGUGCCUAGUGCACUCCAGGAAAAAAUGACAGUGAGCAUCAGAGUUAGUGGUGACCAUUCCAUUGGUGCCACAAAGCCCAACACGCCAGCCAGAUCAGCAAGAGAGGCAUCAGAAAGACGGUCCUCUCAUUCUUACCAUCUUGCUCCUGCAAGAGCAGCAAGAACACUGCAGCCCCAUCACUGGACAACAUUUUACAAACCACGUACCCUGACCAGCAAAGUCAGGGGGAUUGAGGAGAGACCAGCUUCACCUUCAGCAGCAGUGCCUCCUAGCACAGCUCUUACUCCCCUGAGUCAUGUGGAGAAAGAUGUUCCAGAGGCAGACAGCACAUCAGCUUAUGCUUUGCAGCCAGCUCCUGAGCCUAAAGAGCGCUCUGAAGAGCACGGCCGGCCUGACGUGAAUCCAAUGUGCCAGGGACUCAGGCUAAAACAAAUGGAAGAAUUACAAGACCUUGAAUUUGAAAUGCCACAGUUUGUGUAG